AAUAGUUCGGCGCCGCGUCUCUUGUGCCCCGGGUGUCACGUGAGUACCGUCCGCGACGUUGUGACAAUAAAUGCUGGGGAUGUCCGCGGGAUAAGUAUUCCCUCUUCCCUCGAACGGAGAUGUCGUCGUCAGCGGUCCUGAAUCUGUGCGUAAUAUGGAGUCUAUUUACUGGUUCCAUUUCGUACACUGAGGAAGUCGUGCAUUAUCGCACUUAUCCGUACGGAUACAGAAACUCGUACGUCUCGCCGACGAGGGGGUGGCUGCAGUCCUGGGACGCCGGACCGAGCAGAUCGGACAGGCCAGUGUAUCGCAGGGACACGCAGGUGCGUCCGUACACGCAUCUGGUGAAGGUGGAGCACGAGCAGAACGACCCUUUGGCAACCAUCAGCGAGACCCUGGGCGCUCUCAAUACCGUAGGCAAUUACAUCGUCAACAUGACGAGGGGUGUUGAAAUCUCGAAUUAUCCGCCGAAGGAGCUGCCCUCGGCGUUGUACACCAUUUCCAAGAAUAUUUUGGGCCGUAACGUAACGGACAGCAUAGCGCCCUUGGUGCGCGGGGUUGCGUUACCAUUGAGACAAACGAUCGUAUCUUCCACGACACAGGCACCAUUGAAUCAGCAGCAACAGCAACCACAACAGCAACAGCAACAGGCUAUAGAGGAACUAGCGAAUAGAGACAAGGAGUCUGCUCCGUCCGCGUGCACGACGGCCGAGGGUGGACCCGGGAAGUGCCAAGACCUCAGCAAUUGUCCGCAAUUAUUGCUCGACCUUAACAAGCUGAGGCAUUCGUUGUGCUUCAAAAGUCUAUUCGUGCCAGGAGUUUGUUGUCCGGUGGACAAAAUCAGUUCUGUCACAACUGGAGGUGCAUCCUCCGGGACUGAUUAUCCUCAACGACCGCCUGUUCGACCUACGAAAGCCCCAACACCACGCCCAAUACCGCUAUAUCCGGUGACGUCCUCGACGUCGAGACCUACGACGCAUCCUGUUCCAUCGCCGGAAUUGUUGAUCAAUAAUACGAAUAGCUUCGAAACGAUAGGAACGAUCGACAACAAUUUUAUUCAAGACGACGAGGAAUGUGGGGUGAGAAAUUCGGGUAAAUAUCGAGUAGUCGGAGGUGAAGAAGCGUUGCCCGGUCGUUGGCCCUGGAUGGCGGCGAUUUUUCUUCAUGGUUCUCGAAGAACGGAAUUUUGGUGCGGAGGCUCGUUAAUAGGACCACGCCAUAUCCUUACCGCUGCUCAUUGCACGCGAGAUCAACGACAGCGGCCCUUCGCCGCUCGUCAGUUCACCGUGCGCCUCGGUGACAUCGACCUGGAGAGAGACGACGAGCCAUCAUCGCCAGAGACCUACGCGGUGAAGGAGAUUCAUGCGCAUCCGAAGUUUUCGCGCGUCGGUUUUUAUAACGACAUCGCGGUUCUCGAGCUCACGAGACCAGUAAGAAAGUCUCCGUACGUGAUACCCAUUUGCUUGCCGCAGGCUCGGUUCCGUGGAGAACCUUUCGCCGGCGCCAGACCAACGGUAGUCGGCUGGGGCACUACUUACUAUGGUGGAAAAGAGAGCACCGUUCAACGACAGGCGAUUCUGCCGGUGUGGAGGAACGAGGACUGCAAUGCGGCUUACUUUCAGCCGAUUACCAGCAACUUUUUGUGUGCCGGCUAUAGUCAGGGCGGCAAGGACGCGUGUCAAGGUGAUUCGGGUGGACCAUUGAUGUUACGAGUCGAAGGUCGAUGGACGCAAAUUGGCAUUGUUUCAUUCGGCAACAAGUGCGGUGAGCCCGGUUAUCCUGGCGUGUACACGCGUGUUUCCGAAUACCUCGAUUGGAUUAAAAAUAAUGUGAAGUGAUCAUUGGAUCAAGAUGUAUUUACGUGAAAAAUAACAUGUACACAUGCGUACAUAAACAUAUAUUGAUCGUAUAUUCCGUCAAAAACAGAAAAAAAUAUCGGUCACUUUGUAUUAAUGUUAAAUUAAUUUUUAUUUAUUUUUUAUAACAAAUAGGUGAAUUAAAAUAUAUUGGAAUGUAUUCAUUUCUGUGAAACUGAAUAUAAAACUUUGAAGAGAAAAUGAUUUGAAAUAUUUCGAUUUGUUUUAAUCUACUUUUAGUAAUUUUAUGUUAAAAAAGCACUUGAAGAAAUUUUUCAAUUUGAUAUGUCGAUCGUGUUAUCGUGCCAAGAUGUUUUGAUACUGCGAAUUUAUAUAAAAUAUGCCUUUUUUUCUUUUACAAUUCAGAGAGUGUGUUAAGUAAUAGAUUUCGUUUAAGAACAUACUUUGUUCAAUCAUAAUAAAAUAUUUACGAUUUUAAAAUGUUAAUAUAUGUAACACAUCCUAAAUGUGUGUGUUUGUUAUUUCAUGAAACGUUUUAUAAUAUUUAUAAUGCAUUUAUAAAUAUACAGGUGUAUUCUUUAAUAGAAAUAUCUAAGACAUCCAUGUUUUUGUGGAACUAAUGUGAUUAUAUGUAUAUUCAUUGAAUAACAUAAAUUUAUAAAU